AUGACUAAUCUCUUUUCCAGGGACGUGCAGGUAAAGAGCAUGGAGCAAACAGUGAAGCAUGCUGAGAAGUACCUGGGUGAGAUCUGCACCCUGCUGGCCUCAUACACCAGGAAGACAGCCCGGCUAAGAGAUAAGGCAGACCUGUUGGUGGCUCAGCUCUAUGACUUCUCCAGCACAGAGGACCCAGAGCUCCAAAUCGGCCUGAAAAACCUGGCGGAGGAUCUCGCCAUGGUGCAGGACUACAGACAGGCCCAGGUGGAGAGACUGGAGACCAGAGUUGUUACUCCUCUGAAAGCCUACGGAGACAUUGUUAAAAAUAAAAGGGCAGAUCUGAAGAAGUUAAGCACCGAUCUAAACAAGGAGCUGAAGGAGUUGCAGAAACUGGAAAAGAUCCGAUUCAGGAACCCGGCUGAUCGACAAAGCAUUUCCCAGGCAGAAGUAAACGCUCAGAAGGCUUCCAACAAUGCCCAGAGCAGCAUCAGACAACUGGAGGAGACCAUCACAGACUUUCAGAGACAAAAGCUGGAGGAUGUCAAAAGGAUUUUCAUUGACUUCAUUACGGUGGAGAUGCUCUUCCAUGCUAAAGCACUGGAGGUCUUUUCACAUACAUGCCACAACCUGGAGGAAAUAAACACUCAGAAGGAUGUAGAGCUCUUCAGUGGGCGGAUCAAGAUGUCAGAUUCUCUGCCUGGACGCCUGGACACCACACUCAGCAGCUACCCUUCUCCCCUCAUGAGCAGUUACCCUAGUCCUCACAUGGCCUCCCCUAAAGGUCAAAGCUUCAGGUCAACACUGGCUUCUACCUCAGGUCAAAACCCCAGACAGCAUAGCAAGUAUCCAGGCAGCACCAGGAGGCCUCGCAGUACUUUACAGCGCCAGCGGGGCAUAGAGGAGGAUGAAGAGCUUGAGGAAGAAGAUGAAGAAGAAGAGGAAGACGAGGAGGAAGAGGAUACAUAUGAAUCAGACAUGGAGGAUGGUCACAACACCAGCAGGCAGUCUUAUGCGACUCGUUAUGUUCAGAUGCAGAGAUGGCAGAAGUAA